AUGAAAAGUGCUCAGAGUUGCUACAGAAAACAGAAAGCACGCUGCUGGACACGGGACAUUCUCUGCCAGCAGGGGGCGCUUUUGGAGCGGCAGAAACAUUGGUUUCCAUGGGUUUGUGGGUUCUUCGCUACAGCAGCGUGCUGGCUUGUGUUUGUGUUUGCAGACUGGCACAGUGGGAAGUACGAUCAGGAGUUCAAGGACGACCAUGAUGAGGUGUCGAGUGUGAAGAGCGAGGGAGCGCCGUACAGAUACACUGCCAGGGGCCGCGGACGGGGUCGGGGCCGGGGACGAGGACGCGGCAGAGGAGCCGGCAGAGGUCAUUAUGACUACUAUGGCUAUAAAGGCUAUGAGGGGAAGGAUGGCGCCUGCGGUCAGAAGUUCAACAGCACAGUGACCUACUAUUACGACAACAUGAGCAGCGCUGAGCUGUACGCUGUGGACCAGGACCUGCUGAAGGACUACAUCAAGAGACAGAUUGAAUACUACUUCAGCAUGGACAACCUGGAGAGGGAUUUCUUCCUGCGCAGGAAGAUGGAUCAGGAGGGCUUCCUGCCGAUCGCUCUGAUCGCGAGCUUCCACCGAGUGCAGGCGCUCACCACAGACUUCAGGCUCAUCAUAGAGGCCCUGAAGGACAGUAAGGUGGUGGAGAUCACCGAUAUGAAGAUUCGCUGCAAGGAGGAGCCUGAGAAAUGGCCGCUUCCCGGCCUCGCUUUGCUGGACCAUUCGCACACAGACUUCUCUCAGCUCAUCGACUGCCCAGAGUUUGUUCCCAGGAACGUUGUGGAGAAGCAGACAGGUUCUCCGAGAGCCUCGGCGCCGGUGCGGCCCAAGACCGGUGAUCUGAGUAACCUGAAGCUGAUGCCGAAGGGCCUGUCUGCCAGCCUGCCCGAUCUGGACUCGGAGUCGUGGAUCGAAGUGAAGAAGAGGCCUCGGCCGUCACCAGCGCGACCCAGGAAAGCGGAAGAAGCGCGGACGCCGGUUCAGACCGGCCCGAGCGCAAGCGAGGACCAGGACGAGCCGGAGGAGCUGGACUUCAUGUUCGACGAGGAGAUGGAGCCGAUAGACGGCCGACGCAACACUUUCACCGACUGGUCAGAUGAGGACUCGGACUGUGAAAUCAACGAUCAAGACGUCAACAAGAUUCUGAUCGUCACGCAGACGCCGCCGUACCUGCGCAAGCAUCCCGGAGGAGACCGGACGGGGAACCACACCUCACGCUCCAAACUGACCAGCGAACUGGGCAAAGUCAUUAACGACGGACUUUAUUACUACGAACAAGACCUCUGGGAUGACACGUACGAGCCCGAGUAUGCCACUAUCAAGCAAGAAGUGGAGAACUUCAGGAAGGUGCACCUGAUCAGCCGAGAGCAGUUCGACUGUCUGACCCCUGAACCUCCCGUCGACCCCAACCAGGAGGUUCCUCCCGGACCCCCGCGGCCCCAGCAGAUCCCCACAGAAGCCUUGGCCAACAAACUGUUCGGAGCGCCUGAGCCGUCAGCUAUCGCCCGCUCUCUUCCGACGGCCGUGCCUGACUCUCCCAGCUACCGCACGCCCCGCACGCCCCGCACCCCGCGGCUCAGGGACCCCACGCAGACGCCCCGCUUCUACCCCGUGGUGAAGGAUGGACGGCCGCUGGACGCCAAAACGCCUCGCAAGCGAAAGACGCGGCACAGCUCCAAUCCGCCCAUGGAGUGUCACGUGGGCUGGGUGAUGGACUCCAGAGAGCACCGCUCACGCACCGCCUCCGUCAGCUCGAAUGCGAGUCCGUCUGAAGGCACCGCAGCGAUGGGUAGUUACGGCUGCACUCCUCAGUCUCUCCCGAAGUUCCAGCAUCCGUCGCACGAGUUACUGAAGGAGAACGGAUUCACGCAGCACGUUUAUCACAAGUACCGGCGGCGCUGCCUCAACGAGCGCAAGCGGCUCGGCAUCGGCCAGUCUCAGGAGAUGAACACGCUCUUCCGCUUCUGGUCCUUCUUCUUGAGAGAUCACUUCAACAGAAAGAUGUACGAGGAAUUCAGACAGCUGGUGGUGGAGGACGGGAAGGAAGGCUACAGGUACGGUCUGGAGUGUCUCUUCAGGUUUUACAGCUAUGGACUUGAGAGGAAGUUCAGGCCGGACAUAUUUAAAGAUUUUCAAGAGGAGACCAUUAAAGACUACGAAGCAGGCCAGCUGUACGGACUCGAGAAGUUUUGGGCCUUUCUGAAAUACUCUAAAAUAAAGAACAUGGAGAUUGACCCCAAGCUGCAGGAGCAUUUAAGCAAGUUCAGGCGUCUGGAGGACUUCAGGGUGGAUCCGCCCAUGGAGGACGGCGGGCGUAAGAGACACCCUUCCAGCGGCGAUGGCCGUCGCCGUCAUCCCUCCCAGACCGCUCCUGCCUCCAGAGAUGAUGCCAAAGCCCCGGGCCAGCGAGCAGCGGCGCCCAAAUGAGCGUCUGACCCGACCGCACAAGCACGACACAAUGGCUCACGAUCGUCAAAUCAAGGCUCUUCCACCUCCUCCUCCUUCACAGCAUCUGUGCGUCACAAACGGACAGCAGAGGGCAUGAGAAAUUCUUCCUUUCUUUGUUUUAUUAAAGACUUUGAAGUUUUAUUUCUCUUGUAUCAUCGGGCUUUUGUUGGAUCUUUCUGCUUUAUAUCCUCUCUCUGUUUGAUUUGGCCGAACGACGCAUUGAUUCCACCCUGAUUUUUUUAUUUUUUUAAGGAUUGCGUUGAAGGGUAAGAUUGCUCCUGACUAGAGUAGGUACUGGAUGAGACAAGCACUUCACUCAGAAAAUCAUGUGAUCUGCAUUUGUUUGAGCCAGAUGAUUUUAUGUUGCUGGUUUUUCGUGGGUCUUCGAUAGAUUUUCUAGCAGAAGUUGGCUUGGGCAUCACUGUGACACUAACGUCCCGCUUGCCAAAUCCUCUCGUUUUCUCCACGUGUCUGUUACAGAAGACAUCGGCGACGACUCUUAGCUUCAGCGAGCUGCGCUCCGUUGUGUUCGUGGAUCAUUCCUCAGCUCGUUGCCCUGCGAGGAAACAUCGGAGACGGAAACAUCCCAGAUCUAGUGUUAAUCCUAGUGUACAUAUGAAUUCAAGAAAUUAAGAGACAUUGCACCACCUGGCUGUACUAAUCAUUUAUUGUUUAUAGAGAUAUAUUUGCCUUACGUGUGCAU